AUGGACCCAUCACAAGUGAAAGUUCCACCGAUGAUGGAUCUGACCAUCGACAACAUCACGGAGAACGUGGUCCGGAUCAAUGCCAACAACCCGGACCCGCGCUUCAAAUACGUUCUCGAGCGCCUGGUUGUCCACCUGCAUGACUUUGCCCGAGAAACCCGACUCAGCACCCAGGAAUGGAUGGCAGGGAUUCAGUUCUUAACCCGGACAGGCCAGAUCUGUACUGAUGUGCGGCAAGAAUUCAUCCUUCUCUCCGAUAUCUUUGGCCUUUCCCUCCUGGUCGAUAGCAUAGACCAUCCCAAGCCUCCGAAUAGUACCGAAGGAACCGUCCUGGGACCUUUCCAUACCCACGAAGCCGAGAACAUGGAACACGGUUCUUUAAUGUCACAAGACAGUAAUGGAGAUCCUCUCCUGGUCCUCUGCACCAUCAAAGAUGUCAAAGGAAAGCCCAUAUCCGGAGUAAAGAUCGAUAUCUGGGAGACCGACUCUUCGGGGAAAUAUGAUGUUCAGCACCCGGACCGAACCGGACCAGACGGGCGAUGUAUCAUGACCAGUGACGACGAAGGCAUAUUUUGGUUCAAGGCAAUCGUCCCCGUGCCGUAUCCCAUUCCGCAUGAUGGACCGGUAGGCCAGCUUUUGAAGUUGCUACGGAGACAUCCCAUGAGACCUUCACAUAUGCAUUUCAUGUUCGAGAAGGAGGGAUAUGAUCAUUUGAUUACAGCACUCUAUCUCAAGAACGAUCCUUAUGAGACGUCGGACGCAGUCUUCGGCGUCAAGAAGACACUGGUUGUUGAACUCGGUAAAGUUGACAAAGCCACUGCGGACAAAUACGGCGUGAAAGAGGGUACCGCUCUCUUAACAUACGAUUUUGUCUUGGUCUCAGAUCAACAAAGCAGACAGCUCAGAGAGGAGAAUUCUCGGAAUGCUUUGGAGAAGUUGGGAAGACGAGUUCAGAUUGUAGCGGGGUUGCCGGUACCAGAAGUCGACUAA